AUGGUCGGCUCACCGCCCCUGACAGGCCUCAAGGUCCUCGAGUUCGCCGGUCUCGCCCCGGGUCCCUUUGCCGGAAUGCUCCUCGCAGACGCCGGCGCCUCCGUCCUCCGCAUCGACCGCGCCGUCACAGGCAGCCGCACGCCCCUGCCGACCGAGGAUAUGCUGGCCCGCCACAAGGCAUCCGUCGCCGUCGACCUCAAGUCCCCCGCCGGCCUCGCCCUCGUAAAGCGCCUCGCCGCCGAGGCCGACGUGCUCAUCGACCCGUUCCGCCCUGGCGUGCUCGAGAAGCUGGGCCUCGGCCCGGAUGUCCUGACGCGGACGAACCGGGGCCUGGUGUACGCCCGAAUGACCGGGUUCCGCAGGGACGGCCGGUAUCGGGACAUGGCCGGCCACGACAUCAACUACUUGGCCGUCUCAGGGGCUCUGAGCCUGCUCGGCCGCGAGGGCGAGAAGCCGCACCCGCCCUGGAACAUCCUCGCCGACUUUGCCGGCGGCGGCGCCGUGCUAUUCCAGGGAAUUCUGAUGGCCCUGCUGGCGAGGGCGGGGAACGGCGGCACAGGCCAGGUCGUCGAGGCGAACAUGGUCGACGGCUCGUCAUACCUCGCGACUUUCCCGCGGUUCGCGCUCAAGAAUCCGUUGGGCGACAACGGCAGGGGAAGGAACAUGCUGGACGGCGGUUGCCCCUACUACGACACCUACGAGACAAGGGACGGCAAGUACGUCGCCAUCGGCGCGUUGGAGCCGCAGUUCUUCGCGGCGCUGGUGGAGGGUCUCGGGCUGGCCGGCAAGGGGUGGGAGGAGAACAGGUUCGACCGGGGCCGGUGGGGCGAGCUGAGGGGGUUGUUCACGGAGAUCUUCAAAAGCCGGACAAGGAGCGAGUGGGAGGAGGUGUUUGACGGCACCGACGCGUGCUGCACGCCCGUGCUGGAGUACCAUGAGCUCGAGACGGACGCCGGGAGGGAAGGGGACCAGCGGCCGGCCGUCGCGCUGGUCGAGACGCCGUGCUUGGCCGUGGACGGGAGCAAGGCGGGAGACGCGAGGCGGGGCCAGGGGCCCGGGGUUGAGGGGGCAGGGUACGUCGGCGUUCCGCUCACGCCCGGCGAGGGCGGCGAGGAGGCGCUCGAAGCGUGGCUCGGGUGGAAGAAGGGGAGCGAGUUUGAAAUCAGAGACGGGGCGUGGGUCCUCAAGGAGAAGGCGAAGCUGUGA